GCUCCGCCUUUCUUAUGGCUUUCAGUCAUUGGACAAGACCCACGUCCGUCAGCCAGCUGUUGUUACCCUUCCGUGUGGACCAUGGCGGAUUUGAAUGUGGAAAAACAGCGGGGUAAAUAUGCUGCCCUUUCUAUCGCAGCUAUGGUAAUUGUGGUGGGCUUGCCGUUGUGGUGGAAAACCACAGAGACGUAUAGGGCGUCGCUGCCAUACUCCCAGAUCAGUGAACUGGACACUUUGCAGCUUCAGCUAACAAUGGAGGUAGAUGUUAUAUUUACCAAAGGCACUUUGACAGCAGAACAACAGAAUAAGGUUCCUAUGAGCCAAACUCAGGAAAACUAUUACAAAAUGAAUGACAAAACUGGCCUAAGAUACAGAUAUGAAAUGAAAUACCGUACAGCUACUGUCAUGGAGGAUUCAGCUCUCAGAAUGGAAAGUGUUCAAGAAGCAGAUGUGUCCCUAUCACAGUUAAACGAAAGUCCCUCAGGCUCCCUGGUCAUCUAUGUGAUUCCUGAGACAUCUGGGUUGCUUCCUGAUGGUAUAAACGUCUACAUGGGAAUUUACAGAACUGCCAUUCUGAGAACCUCCUUACACAAAGAGGCAAAGAUGGAAGAACUGCUUUCAGUAAUUGGCCCCAAGAUUCUGCGAAUCAUUCAGACUGUGACCUUCACCAAUAAUGACAUUAAAGCUUCCAUGUCAGACCGUGUUCCCACUGGAAAAUUCACAAAAGAAAGCUUAGCUGACAGUAUGCGGGCAUUCAAGUCAAGUCCAGGUUAUGAAAUCACCUUUAGUCUGCUGAACCCUGAUCCCAAAUCUCAUGACCUGCAUUGGGAUAUUGAGGAGGCCGUAGACAAGUACAUACAGCCUUUUUUGGACAAGCUUUCUGGUGUAGCCAACUUCUCUGUUGAUUCUCAGAUCCUGUACUAUGCUAUCCUUGGUGUAACUCCACGCUAUGACAAGACUAUCUCAAGCUACACACUGAGUGCAGAAAGCCUACCCCAUGUGAUCAAUCCUGUUGAAGCUAGACUGGGUUCAAAUGCAGCAUCCUCCAACCCAGUGCUCAAUUUUCUGCUCUACGUUCCUGAUUAUCCUCACUGCCCUCUCUACAUCAAAGAUCAGAAUGGAGCAACAGUGCAGAGUAAUGCUUUCCAUAGCCCACGCUGGGGUGGUAUCAUGGUUUAUAAUGUGAAUGAAAAGUACUUGGACAACAAUCGCUUUCCUGUCCAGGUCAAUAUUGAUACGGUGCGUGUGAUGGAGGUGUUCCUCGCUCAGCUACGGCUGCUCUUGGGUGUACAACUCGCCUAUGUCCCAGAUGACUUCCUCAUGGAGAGUCCUGCAAAUCAGGGCCUGACUGACUGGGAGCUCGACCGAUUUCUGUGGUUACGCACUUUAGAAAAUAUUGCAACAGCAACGACGACACUAACCUCUCUGGCCCAACUUCUUGAUGAGAUUGGAAACAUUGUCAUCUAUGAUAAAAUCGCAUCACAGGUCUAUAAUGCUGUGAUAUCCGUACAGGCUGCCAUUGCUGAGCUGGAGGCUGGCAACCUUGGCUUUGCCUUUCAGUCGAGCAAGGAAGCGAUUCUGGCCUCUGAGAAAGCAUUUUUUGACCCUUCACUUCUACACCUCCUGUACUUUCCAGAUGACCAAAAAUUUGCCAUCUAUAUACCUUUGUUCUUACCAAUGUCAGUGCCCAUCUUGCUAUCCCUCCUGAAGAUUGCUAAAGAAUUCAGAGAGAGAAGGAACAUGGCAAAGAAAAAAGACUAAGUAUUGAUGCACUCCUCACUUUUUUGUGGCUGAAAAUACAGUACUUCCUGAAGGAAAAUUAUAUGGAAAAAUUUCUGCUGUGGUUUAUGGUCAUGUCAGAUCCAGGAACAUCUGGAGUUGUUAUCAAUGUUCAAAGAUUAUGCAGAUGUUGCACUGGCCGAGGAAUUUGAGUCCGAUAUGUUGCUAAAAUGAAGACUGACACUUUGACAUUGCAAAGGUGGAAAGUUUAUUUAUUUAAAUAUGGAAUACAAUAAACAUCAAUUAAAUUUUCACUAGAACCCAAA